AUGGCUAUCUCAAAGGUGGAUCCCGGUAUACAAACCAGUAUCUCGACAGUCCCGGAGAACAAACCAAAUACUCCGCAAACUCAAUCUCGACCACCCUUUUUCCGGAGCACACUCUUCCAAAUUCUUAUCGUUGGUCUUUGCGCCUUCUGUGCUCCGGGAAUAUGGAGUGCCAUGAACGGGCUGGGAGUAGGCGGGUCCCAAAGCCCGCAACUAGUCAAUGCCGCGAAUGCCCUCCUCUACGCCUUCAUGACGGUGACGUGUUUUGCGGGGCCAUGGAUUACCAACAUCAUCGGCUUUCGCUGGACUCUCGCCCUGGGAUCAAUUGGGUAUCCGCUAUACGCAGCAGGGUUGUACCUGAACAAUCGCACCGGUGCAACCUGGCUCGUGUACCUGGGCUCCGUGACGUGUGGUCUCAGCGCGGGAUUUUUCUGGAGUGUUGAAGGUGCUAUUGCAACUGGCUACCCUGAGCAGCAUAAGCGGGGUCGUUAUAUUGCGACGUGGUUUACUUUUCGCAAUUUUGGAAAUAUCAUCGGCGGUGCCGUCUCGCUGGGGAUCAAUCAUAAUGUCAAUCAUCGUGGCAAAGUUGGAUAUCAGACAUAUCUUGCUUUCAUCGCCAUUCAAUGUCUAGGUCUGGUUUUUGGACUGUUCCUCUCCAAUCCAGAGAACGUGCAAAGAGAUGACAAUACCAAGAUUGAAGCACCUCGCGGCAUCCACUGGCGAGAGGAGGCCAAAACUAUGUGGCGAUUGCUGAGAAGCAAGUCCAUCAUACUCCUCGUGCCACUAUUCUGGUACUUUGGCUGGAUUCAGGCUUACCCAGGUACAUAUCUGGCGACCUAUUUCACGGUGCGAUCGCGAGCACUGGGUAGUUUUAUGUCUGCCGUAGUCGGUACCCUUGCGACCUGGCUCGGUGGUUCCCUUGUUGAUCUCCCAUGGCUGAAGAUUCGCAAGCAUCGCGCUGUCAUCACCUACAUCCUCAUUGCCUUAUUGAACAGCGCAACCUGGAUCUGGGCAGUCAUUAUCCAGAACGAAUACAGACAUACCAACCCUGUCCUAGACUGGGGCGACCAGCGUGCGUUUGGUCGUGGUUUCGGGCUCUAUCUCUUCGAGCGGAUUAGUCUCGGCUUAGUCGAGAACUACAUUUACUGGUGCAUCAGCAAUCUUUCAGACUCGCCUGGUGAUCAAAUUCGAUAUAGCUCGCUACUCAGAGGUAUCGAGACAGCAGGAGUUGCUGUAGGAUUUGGUGUGCAAGCUGUACCCACCGCAUUGAUUGCUACGGCAAGUAUCAAUUUUGGGCUUUGGUUUUUGGCAUUGCCGUUUAGUUACUAUGCUACUUUGCAGGUGGUGCGCAAGUUUGAGAAUUCGGCGCAGAAGUCUGCUGGUUUGCAGAGAGAGGAAGAGGGUUUUGCGACAGUCGUAAAUAAUUGA